UCCCAUGCAAAUAUCUCCACUUCUUUGGAACUGGAUCAUAUACAAAUUGGGCCGGACCUAAUGGGCCUAUUGGGCUACGGACUUAGAGAUCCGAAUCCGAAUAAAACGACCCGAUUCUGUUUGAAGGCGCAGGGCAGAAGGGCGGAGAGCUUCGUUCGUUCAUUCAUUCAUUCAGAAUUUGAGUAAUGGAUUUUCAGCAACACUCAUAGAUAGGAUUAAAGCUUUUCCAUAAUCGAUCCAGAGACACAGAUUUCCAUAAUCUCUUUCUCUUUUCGAUUUCAUAUUUCAAUCAACAUUAACGACGUUUCUUCAGGUUCCAUACUGAUUGGAACUGAAUGUGAGUUGUAGGUUUAGUGAAUCGAUGUUGAGCCAGGAGAAAAUGGACAUUGAUAAUGUAGUGGAUGUAGCUGAAUCGAUGUUCAACCGGGAGGAAAUGGAUAUUGAUAGUGUAGUAGUUGUACCUGAUACACCUGAUAGGGUAUCUGCACAACGACUUGUUACAGACUCUGAAUCUGUUGGAAGUAAGACUAGGGAUACUUUUUAUGAAAACCAUAUGAAUGGAUUGAGAUCCAUAGAUAAGUUUGUCCCCGAAAAUGGACGUGGUAGAAAAAAAGUUAUCAAACCACCAAAAGGUUUUAGAACUGCAGAUUUCGGUAUCCAUAAUGUUAUUUCUUCAAUAGAAAAUUCAUCUGGUUCACAGAAUGCUCACAUGUUUAGGAGGGUGGACAAAAAUGUUGGCUCUGGCCACAGAGCAAGACAGGCUAGUGGAGUUAGAAACAUGGACAAAGGAAAAACUAUAUGCACUGAUAUGUCAUCAAAUUUCCAAGAUAGCAGUAGGCAUUGUGAUUUUCCGAAACAAAGUGGUAACACUGAGCGUGGCCGUACUGUUUGUCUAUAUGGUCCACCUAAUAAUAUUUUCGCUGAAGAUAAGAGAAAAGGCCAAACAGCAUUGAGUGAGAAUUCUUCUGGAGCUUUGGUACCGGACGCUUCUAAGACAAGAAAUGCCUCAAAGGGGAAAGAAAAGAUUGAUGAGCAUCCCUCAAAAUGUUCUGACUUAGAUAUGAUUCGUAGAGAAGUGAUCAAUCUGUCCCCUGAUUCUGAACAUAAAACCAGAGAGCAUAAUAAGCCUUCUCAUUCUGUUACCCCUUUUAGAGGCAGGACAAAAAGUUUGGUAAGAGGUGGGUGUAUCUCUCCACAAAAUGUAGCAAAAAUGCAGCAAGUUUUAAGCAGUUCCAAAAACGUUGAACAAAGUGAUGCUGUUACCCCUCUUGGAGGCAGGACAAAAGGUUUGGUAAUUGGUGGGUGUAUCUCUCCACAAAAUGUAGCAAAAAUGCAGCAACUUUCAAACAGUUCCAAAAACGUUGAACAAAGUGAUGCUGGGAAUGGCGUCUAUAAUUGUCCACAACCUGUAGUAGAUAUACGUGAUAUAAUUGCAGAAGAGAAUAGUAGUAGUGAAAGAGUGAAAGGAAAAGCUGUAUUCACUAUUCCUGACACGCCAAAUGAGCAGAAGGGAAAAUCAUUUCGUGCAGCUAGCAGCAGUUUUGCAACUAGUACUGGAGAGGUGAAAGGAGUCGGCAACGGUAGUAGAGAUGAAUCUGGGUGCUCUCAAGGUUUAGGUGGUUGGAGAAAUACACAUAGUAAUUUAAGGAAACUGGAUAAUAGAAAUUCGAGGCAAAUGGAUGGUCAUAGAAAUUCAUUUCACCACGACAGAAGAAUUGGGAGUAGACAAAACUCUCAGACUGAAUGUGGUUUUGCAGAAGGCCUAAAUCAGGUGUUAGCACCUCCUUCUGUGUGUCAAAUGGAACUAUCAAGAGGACCACCUCGUGCAGAAACGAUUUUAACCAAAAGGCUAAAGAAACAGGGAUCUCCUUCUAGGAAUCAUGGUGAAUGCUCUACAUCUAUUUCUGAAGACUCAGAUGUUUUGUGUCUUGGCUCUUCCAUGGAAUCAACAAACACAAGAACAUCCAGGCUCCAUCGUUCUCGAUCUCGUGUCAUUUCAGGACAAGAUACUGGAGUUAAUGUGUUGUCAUCUCCAGUCAGAAACUCUUCACCACAAAUUUUAGAUUGUACAAAUAAUGAUGAUUCAGAUGACAGGGCAAGACAAGUUGAAGCAGAUGAGAUGUUGGCUCGUGAACUUCAAGAACAAUUAUACCAUGAGGUGCCUAUAAUUGGAGGCAGUGAGAUUGAUGAACAUUUUGCACGGGCAUUGCAGCGACAGGAGAUUAGUACUUCUGGUGCAGGUCAAAAUGAACCAUAUCUCAGAGGCUCAGAGGUGUCACAGCUACAAAGACAGCCAAGGUCAAGGUCUUCUCAGAACCGAUCGAAUAGGACUCAGAAUCCUCCAAAUAGGAGAUUAGUCGGGGCUCGUGCUCCAACCUCCAGUAGAAUGGCACAACUGAGGAGUCGCAUGUACAGACAGCAUUUUAAUGUAUCAAAUAGAGGGAGAACUAUUCCAUUUCCUUUAGAUAUGGAUUUGGACAUGAGACUAGAUAUAUUGGAAGCUUUAGAAGCAGCUGUCGGGGAUCUUAAUGAGGGGGACAUGGGUAAUCACAUUUAUCAAGUUCAACGUGAUUUCAAUGAAAAUGAUUAUGAGAUGUUAUUAGCCCUCGACGAGCAAAAUCAUCAGCAUGCUGGUGCUUCAGCUAUUCAAAUUAAUACUUUGCCUCAAUCCGUAGUACAGACUGAAAACCUCGAUGAAGCUUGUGCAAUUUGCUUAGAAAGCCCCAGUGUCGGGGACACUAUUCGUCAUCUCCCUUGCUUCCACAAAUUUCACAAAGAUUGUAUCGAUCCAUGGCUCACCCGAAAAGCAUCAUGCCCAGUUUGCAAGUGCUCCAUUACUUAAAUUGCUCACUUCAGCGCCGUCUCACAGAAAGAUCAUAUGUUGCCUUUUGGUUUUUAAGGUAAUCACAGAUUCAAUUGCUUAUCUCCUAUGACAUUGGAGCAAAAGUUUUACAAAAAUUUCACUACAACAACAGCUGUGCUACUACUGAUUUAUUGGUCAUUUAAAAAAUGGUUAAAAAGUUAGUUAUAUUUCAACGAUGGUUUUUCUGUAGUGCUGAAAAUAGGUGCUUUUGACAUAUUUUGUUUUUGGUUAAGCUGGAAAAUACACCACCAGUUAUAAGGUCAUAUAUUAUUUCCUUCUCUUUCUAUAUC